ACCAGUGCAGUUCCCCCAAUAUCUCUCAGCGGAGAAGUAGAAACUUCAGUAAAGGAAUAGCUAACACGGGAAAAGUUCUAAAAUGAGAGUUUUCAACUUGCUGCUGAUUGGAUGUUUGAUUGCGUUGUGUGUCAGCGCGGAGUCGGUGGGUGCUCAUCCUCCAAAGGACGAGCCCAGGCCCGAGCCAUGUGGGACCACGACGAGGCCACCCUGUGACCGUGCGACAACAACAACCACCCAAAAGCCACCCUGUAAACGGGAAACUACAACUACGACAACAGAUACGCCUUGCACUACAACCAAGGAAACACCCCCCUGUGCACGAUCAACUACAACAACAACACCCACUGAACCGACAACCACAACGACCACAACAACGACUACCACGACAUCCACAACAACAACAACAACAACCCCUACAACAACCACCACUACAACAACAACCACCACAACAACAACAACCACAACUACAACAACGACACCCGAACCGACAACCACUGAACCUACAACUACAACAACAACACCAUGUGACACAACUACCACAACGUCGCCCUGUGAACCUACAACCACAAGUACUGAAUCAACAACGACAACAACAACAACAACUACAACGUCAACAACUACAACAACAACUACGACAACGACAUCCCCAACAACGACCACCACAACAGAGCCAACAACCACAACUACUGAACCAACAACAACAACAACAACACCAACUCCCUGUGAAACAACGUCUUCAACCACAACAACGACUACAACAACUACUACAACGACAACAACUACGACGACGACAUCGACAACAACGACCACCACUACUGAGCCAACAACCACAGCUACUGAACCGACGACGACAACAACCAUACCCUGUGACACAACUACCACAGCGACACCCUGUGAACCUACAACAACAACUACCGAAUCAACAACAACCCCAACCACUACAGCAAAGGGGCCAUGCGAGCCUAAAACCACAACGAAGACCACCACUGAAUCGAUAUCGACAACACCAUUAACACCUGACUGUGACGGCGACACGACCACAUCUACAGAAUCAACAACUACUACGACGACAUCCACAACCACGACAACGACUACAGAGCCAACAACCACAACUACUGAAUCAACAACGACAACAACUUCAACAACGUCUACGACAACAACGUCCACAACAACAACCACAACUACUACAACAACAACUACUACGACGACCUCCACUACAACGACCACGACUACUGAGCCAACCACCACAGCUACUGAACCAACAACGACCACCACCACUGAACCGACAACAUCAACACCAACACCCUGUGAAACAACGUCUACAACCACAACAGCAACUACAACAACAACUACAACGACAACAACUACAACGACAACAACUACAACGACAACAACUACAACGACAACAACGACGACGAAGACUGAGCCAGCAACCACAACUACUGAGCCGACAACUACUGAGCCGACAACGACAUCAACAGCUGCAUGUGAAACUACGACGACGACAUCCACAACAACGACAACAACUUCAACAACGUCUACGACAACAACGUCCACAACAACAACCACAACUACUACAACAACAACUACUACGACGACCUCCACAACAACGACCACGACUACUGAGCCAACAACCACAACUACUGAGCCGACAACGACAUCAACAGCUGCAUGUGAAAAUACAACGACGACAUCCACAACAACGACAACAACUUCAACAACGUCUACGACAACGACAUCCACAACAACGACCACUUCUACUGAGCCAACAACCACAACGACUGAAUCAACAACGACAACCACUACUGAACCGACGACGUCAACAACAACACCCUGUGAAACAACGUCUACAACCACAACGACAACAACUACGACGACGACAUCCACAACAACGUCCACAACAACAACCACAACAACAACUACGUCAACGACAUCCACAACAGCGACCACGACAACAACAACAGCCUGUGACACAACGACCCCAACAACGAAAACAACUACAACAACAUCCACUCCAACCACUACCCCUACCACAUCACCCGCUGACACAACAACACCGAAAUCCUGCAAAACAGAAACUACAACACGUCCGCCAUGCUCAACAACGCGGCCACCAUGUACAACAACUCGACCACCAUGUACCACAACAACAACACGGGCACCAUGCACAACAACACGGACACCAUGCACAACAACACGGGCACCAUGCACCACAACACGGGAACCAUGUACCACAACACGGGCACCAUGCACAACAACACGGGCUCCAUGUACCACAACAAGGCCACCAUGUACGGCAACAAUCACCACUCCGUGCCCAACACCAGCCCCAACUGAGGCACCCGGUCCAUCCAAUAACGGCCAUUCCGGCCACACCGUCAACAACGACAAUUCCAGGGACGUGGCUCUUGCUCAGCUGCUGAUCUCCCGUCACGACUGCCGCGGAAAAGUCGAUGGAACUUAUCUGGCCGACAUACGCCAUUGUCGCCACUACUACGUGUGCGACAGGCAGAGAUCUAGGCGCCAGAACUGUCCUCUCGGACAGUGGUUCGACCGUCAGCUGAAAACUUGCCGUCAAAGCAGCGAGGUUACCAAUUGCCUGGCCAUGCGCAAUUAGGAAUUCACAUAUGAAAGUGAAGUGAAAUGGAAAUGGAAAUGAAAACGAUCCAGCAUCAACUGCUCCUCCAUCGCGGCUCAGCCAUUUGCAUAUAUUCCAAAUUCGUACAAGUCAAACCAUAAUAAUUCAAUAAACCUGCAACAUAUCAAUGAAAA